GACGCUCGCCUGCCUCCUUCCGCUCUUCUCCCGAGGUCGGAGCCAGCCCCGAGCCAGCCCCGAGCGAGUCCAGCGCCGGCCAGAUGGAGCACCCCAAGCCCGACAGCAUGUGCCAGGAUUUGUCCGAGGCCCUGAAGGAGGCCACCAAGGAGGUACACAUCCAGGCAGAGAAUGCCGAGUUCAUGAAGAAUUUUCAGAAGGGCCAAGUGACUCCAGAAGGCUUUAAGCUGGUGAUGGCCUCCCUGUACCACGUCUACAAGGCCCUGGAGGAGGAGAUCGAGCGCAACAAGGAGAACCCGGUCUACGCCCCACUCUACUUCCCGGAAGAGCUGCACCGCAGGGCGGCCCUGGAGCAGGACAUGGCCUUCUGGUUCGGGCCCCGCUGGCAGGACACCAUCCCCUGCACCCUGGCCACCCAGCGCUAUGUGCAGCGCCUCCAACACGUGGGGCUCAGGGAGCCCGAGCUGCUGGUGGCCCACACCUACACCCGCUACCUGGGUGACCUGUCUGGGGGCCAGGUCCUCAAGAAGAUUGCCCAGAAGUCCUUGGACCUGCCCAGCUCCGGAGAGGGCGUGGCCUUCUUCACCUUCCCCAACAUCGCCAGUGCCACCAAGUUCAAGCAGCUGUACCGCUCCCGCAUGAACUCUCUGGAGAUGACCCCCGAGGUCAGACAAAGGGUCGUCGAAGAGGCCAAGACCUCUUUCCUGCUCAACAUUCAGCUGUUUGAGGAGUUGCAGGAGCUGCUGACGCAGGAGACCAAGGACCAGAGUGCCGUGCAGGCUCCGGGGCUUCGCCGGCGGGCUGGCAGCGGGACGCAAGGCUUGACUCCCACGGAGACUCCCAGGGGGAAGCCCCAGCUCAGUGUCCUUUCCCAGUCACCUCUCGUCCGAUGGGUCCUCACACUCAGCUUCCUGGUGGCAACAGUUGCCAUGGGCCUCUAUGCCAUGUGAAUGCGCCUCCUGUGCUGGCCCCUGGGGCCAUGGACUCUGCCAGCAGAGGGCCCUCUUUCUGGAGAGGGAGAAUCCCUGGACUGGCUCUCUUCCCUUGGGCAGGGGGAGCUGUCAGCCUCCCUGCCACGUCCCCCUCUCUCUGGCAAGGAAGAAGGCAUCUGUGGCAUCUGCCCAACCAAAAAGCACAUGUAGCCAAUGACCUGGACUUCCAGAGUGGGACCGAGGGGUCCUUCCCGGUCCUGAGAGCUCCCCCCUCCCCUGUUCCUGCCUCAGAGCCCAGAAGACAUGGCCAGAAGCAGCAACUGUCCUGACUCUCCAAACGCCCUGGGUUUGCUGUCUCCUUGUGGACAUGCCAUGACCACUUAGUUCCCCGUGGGUCACGACGAUUUUCAUAUACAUGUGCCAAGAUGUUGUGUCUUGUGUUUGUCUUGUUUUUUUGGAGCCCCUUCUUGUUCCUGGCUCGGCCUGACUGUGGUAUUUUGUUGUGUUCUGUUCUGUUUUUAUAGCAGGGUUAGGGGGUGGGGGUAGGUGCUGCGGGAGAUGUUUAACAGCACUGUGGCCUUGGUCUCUAACUUGUAUGUGAAAUAAACUGCGUUGCCUGAUA